CCUAAACAUAAUUUGUGAACUUAUAAGUAAAAUGAUAGCAUAAUAUUUACCUAGUAGUAUAUAUAAUUUUUUUUUGUCAUCAGUAGUAUAUAAUUUAAAUAAUGUAUUUUCUAACAACCUAAACAUAAUUUAUGUACUUAUAAAUAAAUGACAACAUAAUAUUUAACUAUAGUAUAUAUAAUUUUUAUUAUUGUUUUAGUUUUAUUAUUUGAAAAGAGAGAAAGGAUUCAUGAGGUCAAACCUCUUAAAAAAAACUUAUAACCAUUAUCUCCUUUUUAGAUAAAAGAAAAAAAAAAGAAUAAUAAAUGACGUCAGCAUUGACAAGGUAAGCACGUCGAGUCCCUCCAGAUGUCUGGUUCGGUAAUAGCUUCAGGAAUGAAACGCGGACCUCCAAUAAACAAACAAUGGCCAUUACCAAACUCUUCAUUCUCUCACACCAAUCAAAACAUCUCAUUUCUCCUCUCUCUCUAUCUUCUUAGCUUUACUACCUUCUUUUUUUUCCUACCAAGAUCCUCCCAUGGAGGAACGAAUGAGAACAACAUUGAUUCCAAGACGAAGACAUAUCUGAAAAAGUAAACACACAAAACCAAACCAAUACAAAACAAAACAGACAAAAAGAGUUAACCAAAAAAUGUCGGUAGCACACGCAGAUGACGCCGACGAUUACAGCCGACCAACGGGAGAAACCUACCACGCCGAGAAAGCGUUACCAAGCGGAGACUUCUACACGGGCCAAUGGAGAGACAGUCUCCCUCACGGACACGGCAAAUAUCUCUGGACCGACGGUUGUAUGUACGUCGGAGAAUGGCACCGCGGCAAAACCAUGGGCAAAGGCCGUUUCAGCUGGCCAAGCGGCGCGACCUACGAGGGCGAUUUCAAGAACGGCUACAUGGACGGCAAAGGCACUUACAUCGACUCGUCCGGAGACUUGUACAGAGGAUCGUGGGUGAUGAACCUACGACACGGCCAAGGCACCAAAAGCUAUGUCAACGGAGACUGCUACGACGGAGAGUGGAGGAGAGGCUUGCAAGACGGGCACGGGAGGUACCAGUGGAAGAACGAGAAUCAUUACAUCGGCCAGUGGAAGAACGGGACGAUGAACGGUAACGGGACGAUGAUAUGGAGCAACGGGAACCGUUACGACGGGUCUUGGGAAGACUCUGCUCCUAAAGGAAACGGUACGUUCCGCUGGUCGGACGGGAGUUUCUACGUCGGGGUUUGGAGUAAAGAUCCUGAAGAACAGAACGGGACUUAUUACCCGACCACAGCUUCAGGGAACUUCGAGUGGCAACCGCAGCAAGUGUUCUGCGUUGAUUUGAGCGAGUGUGUGGUUUGUACUUGUCAGAGAAUCCCGGUUUUGCCGUCCCAGAAGAUGCCGGUUUGGUACGGUUCGUCCGAGAGUAGUAGCGGGAACAAGACUAAGAGUAGUGGCAGCAGCGAGAGGCCGAGGAGGAGAUCUGUUGACGGAAGGGUUAGUAAUGGUGAGAUGGAGUUGAGGAACAAUGGUUCUGGUUAUCUUCAGGUAGAUGAUACGGAGAGUAAUAGAUCAUCACCGUUAAGGCCUUUGAGAAUACAGCCUGCUAAGAAACAAGGUCAAACUAUCUCUAAAGGACAUAAGAACUAUGACCUCAUGCUUAACUUGCAGCUUGGGAUUAGACAUUCUGUUGGAAGACCAGCUCCGGCUACUUCUCUUGAUUUGAAGGCUUCGGCGUUUGAUCCAAAGGAAAAACUUUGGACUAAGUUUCCAUCUGAGGGAUCUAAGUACACUCCUCCACACCAGUCUGUUGAGUUCAAAUGGAAGGACUAUUGUCCUGUGGUUUUCAGGACUCUGCGGAAAUUGUUUAAUGUGGAUGCAGCAGACUAUAUGUUAUCGAUAUGUGGCAAUGAUGCUCUUAGGGAGCUAUCAUCUCCAGGGAAGAGUGGAAGUUUUUUCUACUUGACCAAUGAUGAUGGCUACAUGAUCAAGACCAUGAAGAAGGCAGAAACAAAGGUAAGUAUCAGAGUAAACUUAAAAGCUGUUUAUCAAGAAACAUUCAUUUGUGUUUACUUGAAACAGGUUCUUAUAAGGAUGCUUCCAGCUUACUACAAUCAUGUAAGGGCAUGUGAAAACACUCUAGUUACCAAGUUCUUUGGUCUUCACUGCGUGAAAUUGACUGGCACUGCACAGAAGAAGGUUAGGUUUGUGAUAAUGGGGAAUCUCUUCUGUACUGGUCACUCCAUACAUAGGCGGUUCGACCUCAAAGGAUCAUCUCAUGGCCGUCUUACCACUAAACCAGAGUCUGAAAUAGAUCCAAACACAACGCUCAAAGAUCUUGAUCUAAAUUUCAUAUUCCGUUUGCAGAAGAACUGGUUUCAAGAAUUCUGCAGGCAAGUGGACAAAGACUGUGAGUUCCUUGAACAAGAGAGGAUCAUGGACUAUAGUCUCUUGGUUGGUCUUCACUUUCGGGAAGCAUCCAAGGACUCUGCCACUCCUACUUCCGGUGCUAGAACCCCUACCGGAAACCCUGAUAGUGGAAACCCUCGUCUCUCCCGAGCAGACAUGGACCGAUUUCUUCUUGAUGCCAGCAAGUUAGCACCAAUAAAACUGGGUAUAAACAUGCCUGCAAGAGUUGAAAGGACAAUGAGAAGAAGUGACUGUGAGAAUCAGCUUGUUGGGGAACCAACUGGCGAAUUUUACGAUGUGAUUCUCUACUUUGGUGUUAUAGACAUUCUACAAGACUAUGAUAUAAGCAAAAAGCUUGAACAUGCAUACAAAUCAAUGCAGUAUGAUCCAACUUCGAUCUCAGCUGUUGAUCCAAAGCAAUAUUCUCGACGUUUCAAGGAUUUUAUCUUCAAGAUCUUCGCAGAGGACACUUGAGACCAAGCCAUCUAAUUAACUUGCACAUGCCCAACGCCCAACAAAGUUGAGGUUUUUCUUUUUGUUAGAAAUUCUUGUUUAUUUUUCUUUAUAGAAAUAUCUGUAAAUUUUAUUAUUUAACCAAAAUCCAUUGUAAUAGGGGAAAAUGAUUCUUUUUGUAACUAAAUUAAGUUCAAUACUCUGCCUUUUCUUUUUCUUUUUGAUACUCUUUGUAUUGUGUUUCUUUAUACGUGAAAGAAAGGAUGUGUACAGAUGUUGACAUGUAUUUCUUAUUAACUUAUCCCAUCCAAGUUUACAAUUCAUUUUUAUAGAAAAUGUUUCUAUCUUUUUCAGAUUAUUAUUUUUAAUUAGACGUGGUUAUUUAUGGUUUUCAAAUUGAUUUUUAAUAGUGAGAACAAGUUGACUAUAUGAGGUUUCUGAAUUCUGAUGAUGCACACACUCGACAGGCCAACCUCAAAGUCAAUGCUAAUGGUUUUCAAUUUUUCAAAGUAAUUAGUUUACAUAUGAUUUUAUACGUUUUGUUUAUUUAUUUAUUUAUUUAUUUCUUUAUUUACAUAGGACUUUACAAUUGUAUGUCAGUAUGAAACAAUCACGUCAGGAAAUAAGUUAAAAACAUCUGUUUAAUAGGUUGGUCCUAAGUUUGAGUCCAUGUAGAAACUAAGUUAUUACGAUUUAACUAGAUGAAGAAAGAGUCAUGUCUUAAGGCUUCAGUCAAAUAAUAAUAAAAAGAGUCAUGUCUUAGCCAUUGUUAAAAAACACUAAGAGGUUGAUUGUUUGUAGUUUUUAAAAUAGUUUUUGGUUUUGAAAAACUAUUUUAUUUUCCAAUGAAAAUUUUGCUAAAAAUGAUUUUUUUUUAAACUAGAAAAAUUAGUUUUUCAAAUAACUACCUAAUUUCACACAAAAACCAAAAUCUGUGUUUUUUUAGAUUUCUGGCAGUUUCCUACGAUGAUUUUUUUAUUAUGUUUUCUUAUUUAUCAUAUUAAUUUUAAUGGUCUUUUUUUCAUUUUUUUUGUAACUGAUCUUUCUUUUCAUUAUUUGUCUCAUUCUUAUGCCUCAUUGCCACUCUCAUAUGUUCACUUCACCAUCACAUCAUCAAUACAUUUUUUGUACUUUAUUAAUAUAAAAGAAGUGAUUAUAUAUACAACUAGAGCAAUUGUUUUCGAGUUUUUCACCUCAGCACUCAAAAAAUAUUUUAUCAUACUUGUAAAUUAGAAGAAGUUCUCUUACUUGUAAACUAAAAGAAGUUCAAAAAUUUUCAAAAGGAAAUUUUAUUUUAAAAGUCACAAUUUUUAUUAAUUUCUAUAGAAAUUAUUUAUACAAAAAUAACCAUAGAAAUAUAUGUGUAAAAAUUAUUUUAGAAAAAAUCAUCCAAGGUAUGAUACUUUUUUUAAUGCUUAAUUACUUGUAUAAGUAGCAUUUGAAAUCAAAUAUAAAAGGCAUUCGAGAUCAAAUUAAUAUAUAUAUAUAUAUAUAUAUUUAUUUAUAUUUAUAUAGAAUUUACGAUAGUUUUAUUUUGUAUUUAUAUUUUGUUUUAAAUAAGUUUUGUAAAUAAAUUUAUGUGUAUUUUAAUGACAGAGUGAUGGCUCAAGGUCAAAAGAUGGAGGGGAGUACAAAAAACACCUAAAAUACAAUUUUGACGCCAUUAAUCUUAAAAUCAACAAAUGCCUAAAGACAAAGUUAUUGAAAUUCCAUAUGUUUUAUAUCAUAAACUCACUUCACCACUAACAAGUAGUAUUAUACAUACAACAACACAUUAUUAAAGAAACAAAUAUAUAAUAUAUUAACUUAUUGCCUACUACUACAUAACAUAAUAAAACAUCAAAUAAUGCUCUUCGCAAAUAAAUACUAAUCACAUAAUCACAUCAUCAGAAAAUCAUAUUAA